AGGAAGGGGAGAAGGUCUGCUGCACCCUUGCCAUGCUGCUUUACCAGGUCCUCCACCACACUGAAAUUAUUUUGCAUUCAGAAUUGAAAGACACAGUUAGAAUUCCCCCAUGGGAAUUCAAACGCAAAUUAAAUGACGCUGUUACCGAUGAACUUAAUAGGAAAUUGGCUAAUAAGGUUUAUCUCAAUGUUGGUCUUUGUAUUGCAUUACAUGACAUAACAAAAAUCGAAGAAUCAUAUAUUUUUCCUGGUGAUGGUGCAUCUCAUACCAAAGUAAUAUUUCGGUUUAUAGUGUUUCGUCCAUUUAUGGAAGAAAUUCUAAUAGGAAAAAUACGUAGCUGCAGCGUAGAUGGUGUUCAUGUAACAUUAGGAUUCUUUGAAGAUAUUGUAAUCCCACCUCAUAAACUGCAGCAUCCUUCUAGGUUUGAUCAAAUGGAACAAGCAUGGGUAUGGGAAUAUGAUACAGGAGAUGGUGAAAAACAUGAUUUAUUUAUGGAUGCAGGGGAAAUUAUACGAUUUAGAGUAGUGAGUGAAACUUUCACGGAAGCGCUACCUACAGGACCAAAUAUGUCUGGAGAAAAUGUUGAAAAAUCAGAAUCCAAAAACACAUCUCCAUACACUUUAGGAGGUGCCAUAGAUGAACCAGGUCUAGGAUUACUUACAUGGUGGGAGAACAGCUAAGGAAUGGAAAUAAGCUUCAUGGAAUAAAACUAUUUGAGACAAAAGGAAGGCUAUUUCAAACGGAUUGAGAGGAGCUAAAGCAGGCAAUUUGAAGAUCGGAACAUCGAUCGGAGCUGAUCGCGACAAUUUAUUCGUCAGGUACCAUUAAAAGCGGAUUUUCGGUCGACGAUCAGCGCAAAACGGAUGAUUAAUUAUCCUCGAGGAGCGUUGGCCCAUCCUCUGCGAUUUUAUCAGCCAGUCUAUGUGUUGGCGCCGAUUCAGCCACCGUGAUUGCCUAUUUUACGCUUCAAAAUAAAUCUAUGGCUGAAUCUUCGAACAAGGAACCGUGUCGUUUUUAACCCUUUACUAAUAUCGAGUCACAAACGCAAUUUACUCUGCAUCGUUACAUCCAAGGACUGUUUUGAAAUUUUAAGUUUGGAACUUUGGACUCUGCGUGCUUUGGACUUUGGAUUCUGUAUUUUCAACUCUGGAUUCUACGCUUUGUCGAAUUUUGGAACUCUGGACCUUGAAUUCUGAAGCAAUCAAAUUAUCACGUGCGCUAUUUUGCGACACACAAACGUGAAAAUUCAUGUCAUAAGUACAUAGUAACUAUGUUUAUGCAUUUACGAUAUCAAGAUGUGCAAAGUAUAAAUCAUUUAAUCUACACGUUGACCAUCUAUGACCUCGAUGUAAAUGUACUUUACAAUUACGAUACAAUUCAAAAAGUUAACAAUGCCACUUCGAUGCUCUUCAUAAGUCGUUAGCAAACGGCCGUACAAAUAUCGAAUUACGAUUAAUAAGCGUCCAGAUCAACAAUGAAGAAUACGAGGCACGUAGAAAAUGAGCGAGAAAUUAGGGAUUAAAUGGGACUAUCGAAAAGAAGAGCCAUGAGAGGAGAUCCACUUGAGCGUACUCGCUUUUUACGUUUCCACGUGCACGAGGACGAAUGGUAUCGAUUCCAUUGCAGCUUGGAUUGCGACUGAAAGCACCUGGUGGCCGUUUAACGACCGAUCCGCGAGAAAAUUGGUGUAACAAGAGGGACAUGGUUUCGCUAGGUGCAACGAGCGAUCGGGAUACUGGGACAACAUGCUCCGUAAUGCAGAAUUCGUUUCAGAACUAGCAAACUGGAGUCAGUCAUUAGUAAGUUUGAUGAAUAACUUAUUUGGAAGCUUCAGAGUAACAAGUAAAGUUAAGUAACAAUUUUAAGGUAAAUAGUAAUCUUGAGAGCUGUGGAGAGUAUGUUCGUGCCUCACUGUGACUUGACAUAAAUUCAGAAUCUCGAUGUCUGACAGUUUCAAUCGCGAAUAAUUUGUUUUCAGCAACGUAUGUAUACGUCGUACGCAGAAUUAAGAAACGGUACGAGGAGCGGCCGGGGGUUGCGGAUUCGACAGAAAUCAAUUCGUCAUCGGGAUUACGUAAUGAUGGGCGAAGAAAUUCGUGAAUCUUUCGGUUUCGUCGCUUCUUUGAAAUUCUACCUCAAGAAUGAGAGUUCGAGAGAGAAACGAGAAGACUGACGUAACUAGCUGGCCACGAGGAUGACAAUCGCGAGAGAGGAAAAGGAAUAAAAAAUGAGGCGUAAAGAGAACGAACACAUGCUGGAUCUGGGUUAGGGUCGAGUUAACUUCGGGUUAGACCAUGAUGUUUGGACGUUCUCAACCCCAGACCGUUGAUUCUCUUGGUCAAUUCAGCGCUGGCUCUUUCGACGACCCCUUGGGC